GUUUGAAUCCAUGAGAUGUUAAAAGAGACGCCAUAAAAAGAGACGCCAAUGGAUCUCAAAAACAAAACGCAAGCGACCAUGUUUGAGUUUUCCGGAUUAACUGAUGAUAAAGAACUUGCCCCAUUUAUUUUCAUGUUAAUUCUUUUGGUUUAUGUGAUGACCAUUAUAGGAAAUGUGGGGAUGAUAGCCCUUGUCUGUGUAUUCUCCAGCCUUCACACCCCAAUGUACUACUUCUUGAGUAGCCUCUCUCUGGUGGACCUUUUGUACUCUUCAGUUACCACUCCAAAUAUGUUGUCUCACUUCCUUUCCCCUAAGAAGUCUAUUUCAUUUCUUGGUUGCGCUGUCCAACUUUACUUCUUUUGUGCUCUAGGGUGCACUGAGGCCAUCCUUCUCUCCACCAUGUCUUAUGACCGCUAUGUGGCUAUCUGCCACCCUCUCCACUACACCUUGAUAAUGACCAAGAAGAAAUGUUUUGGCUUGGUCCUUUAUUCCUCCUCCAUUAGUUUCUUGCAGUCGAUUGUGCAGACCACUUGUGUGUUCAGUCUUCCAUUCUGUGGAUCGAACCUUAUUGUCCAUUUCUGCUGUGACAUCCCACCACUGAUUAGUCUAUCUUGUUCGCAUACUAUUCAUUGUGAUAUGGUCAGUGGUGUCCUUAUAGCAAUCUUUGGAACAUAUACAUUGACAACAAUCUUCCUAUCGUACAUUUUCAUAUUCCUUUUAAUUUUUAGGAUGACGAGUACAAAGAGUAGGCAGAAGGCCUUUAGUACAUGUUCCUCGCAUAUUAUUUGUGUCUCAACCUACAUUACAGCUGUUUUCUUCACAUAUUUGCGCCCUUAUUCAGGGAGCUUUGAGAUACAAGACAAGGUGACCUCUGUUUUCUAUACAGCAGUGACGCCAAUGCUGAAUCCUCUUAUUUACAGCCUGAGGAACCAAGAGGUGAAGAGACUCCUCGUCCAAGCAAUUCGUAAAUCUUUUUAA